CUCCGCUGCUCAGUAUUCGGGCUCGGUUAAGCGCUGUGUCCCGGUAGCUUCCUGGGUUUUCCUUCGUCUUCCUUCCCACCACCCUGUGACUCUCCCAUUUCUGGAUCUCUCCCCCUGCUCUGCGUCUCGCCAGUUGCACUCUGGGUCUUUCGGGACUUCUUGACUGCCGCUCUCGGCCUGCUCCCCCCUGCCCCCUGCCUGGGUCACGCUCCUCAUCUAUUCUCAGCAGAGUCCAGAGGCAGGGGGGCUGGCCUGGGGGCCCGAGCGUCCUGGGGCUCUGGGACCAUGGAAGAAGGAACAUCAUACUGCUCCAGUACCACCCUGUUCCAUCAGGAAGGAGUGAGGGGGAUCACGUAUCGGAUCCCAGCCCUGCUCUAUAUCCCACCGGCCCGGGUAUUGCUAGCCUUUGCAGAGAAGCGUUCCACAGUAAAUGAUACAGAUGCCCUGUAUCUGGUGUUGCGACGAGGGCAGAGGGUGGGCCAUUCUGUGCAGUGGGGACCUCAGGAGUCCCUGAUGGAAGCCACAUUACCUGGAUUCCGCACCAUGAACCCCUGUCCUGUAUGGGAGCAGAAGAGCGGACGGGUCUUUCUGUUCUUCAUCUGUGUCCGCAACCAUGUCACAGAGCAGCAGCAGAUUUGUUCAGGGAAGAAUGCCGCUCGACUGUGUUUUGUCUCCAGCUCAGACCAUGGACAUUCUUGGAGCCAGAUCCAGGACUUGACGGAGGAGGUCAUUGGUGAGGAGGUGGAGCACUGGGCCACGUUUGCUGUGGGACCUGGCCAUGGAAUCCAGCUGCAGUCUGGGAGGCUGGUCAUCCCUGCCUAUGCUUAUCACUUCUCCCGCUGGUACUGCCUGGGGUCCCCUUUCCGAGUCAGAGCCAAGCCCCAUUCUCUGAUGUUUUACAGUGAUGACCUAGGAGCCACCUGGAAUCAUGGGCAGCUAAUCCAGUCUGGGGCGACUAUAGAAUGUGAGGUUGCAGAAGUGCUGAAUUCGAAUGGUUUCCCUGUGUUAUACUGUAGUGCCCGGACCCCCGGUGGGUGUCGGGCUGAAGCGCUCAGCAUAGAUCUGGGGGAACACUUUGAGAAACCUUCCCUGGUCCAGCAGUUGCAUGAGCCCCGCCAUGGUUGCCAGGGAAGCGUGGUGAGCUUCAGGCCCAGGAGAGACCUUCAGGGAGACGAAGCCCCAGAUGAUGGCAGCGGCCUCUCUGGCCAGCCGGCAUCUCUGCUCAGCACCGCUGUACCAGCACAGAACAGCCACAGACCUCCAAGUUCUUGGCUCCUUUAUUCACACCCAACAAGCAAGAGACACAGGCUCAACCUAGGGAUCUAUCUGAACCAGGCCCCUCUGGAGGCUGCUCGCUGGUCCCAGCCCUGGAUUCUCCACAGGGGGCCCAGUGGUUACUCUGACCUGGCUACCCUUGAAGAGGGCUUGUUUGGGUGCUUGUUUGAGUGUGGGGAGAAGCAUGGGUAUGAACAGAUCGCCUUCCGUCUUUUCACAGACCGAGAACUCCUGAGCCACACUGAGGAAAGCUGCCCGGGCUCAGAGAGGGCCAGCCGCUCAAAUGUAGACUAGCGUUGGCCACCACUCACUGGGCAAGAGAUGUGGAAACCACAGCUGCCUCUGUGAUGGGGGGGGGGGGUGUAGUAAUAAUCGCUAGCAUUUAUAUAGCACUAAUGUUUGCAAAGCAUUUUAUCAAUAUUAUCUCAUUCAACCCUCAAAACAGCCCCACCCCGUAGCAGCUCUAUUAUUAUUCCCAUUUUACAGGUGAGGAAACUGAGGCAAACAGCAGGUUAAAUGACUUGCCCGUGGUCGCAUUAAAUGAGUUGCCCAAGGUCAGAUUGGAACUCAGGUCUUCCUGAUUCCAGGACUAGUGUUUUCUCCAUUGAGCCAUCCGGCUGCCUCUAGGGAUUGUCAGAAGUAAUAUAGAUCAUUGAAACCCAUAGCUGUUCUCUGAUCCUUACUUUGCCUGGCUGCUUUACACCUUUCACUUCUUAGCCUUCUCCAUCCCUUCUCCACAGGGCAAAAGGGACUGACUGGCAUCUUGCCAAGAUCGGAUACUGUGGAAGGAGUGCUGGAUAGGGAGUCAGGACUCACUGUCACUCCUGGCUCUUGCUCUGAUGCCGAUCCCCGUGUGGACUAGCAUAUGUCGUGUCUCCUCUCAGAGUGUCAGUGUCCUGGAGGUGCUUAAGCUGGAUCGACAGGAGCAAACACUGAUAGUCCAGGAAGGAAAGAAUUGAGCAAGCUGAACUCUGAAAUCCUGGGAUUCCUCCCCUCACCAUGGUUGGGAGAUGCCAGGGGCCUAGAUGGUCCAAGCCCAGCCGGGACCUCUUGCAUAAUCAGUAUUUAGAGACAGAAGGCCCCGAGUCAGGUCAGCAAGUAUUUAUUAAACUCUUCCUAUGUGCCAAGCAUUGCAUCAGGAGUAAUGGGUACAAAGAAAGACAGAGACAGUCCCUGCAGUUAAAUAGCCCACGGUCUGAUGGGGGAGAAAGCAUGCAUGCACAACAAGCCUUGUGCAGGAUAAACUGGAGAGAAUCACAGAGGGAAGUUGCUCAUGUUAAGGGGGACUGGGAGAGGCUUCUUGUGGAAGGUGGGACUUUAACCAAGACUUGGUGAUGGAGGCGGCCAGGCAUGGGAGGCAGAGUUGGGGAAUGGCAAGUCUCAUGUGGAGAACAGCAAGGAGGCAAGUACCCCUGGGUUGUAGAGUACAUGGAGGGGGAAUAAGGUCUAGGCAGACUGGGAAGAUAGGAAGAGGCGAGGAUAGGAAAGGCUUUGGGACCACUUAAGGAAGGUCACCUUCGUGGCAGAGAGGAGGAUGAACUUGCGUGAGGAGAGACUUGAAGACAUCCUUUUGCAGUAGGAUGUGUGUGAGGUGAUAGGAGCCUGGAUCAGGGUGCUGGCCAUGUCAGAGGAGAGGUAUGACCAAGGAAGAGUUGACAGGAUUUGGCAACAAAUUGGAUAUGGGGUAUGAGAGUUGGUGAGGCAUCAAGGAUGGCUUCUCAGGUUGCAAUAUUGCCUCAGGCAUUUCCUAGCUGAGUGACCCUGGGUAUGUGCCUCACCUUCCUCACCUAGAAAAAGAGGAGAUCAGUAAAGGAAACCAGGGAGCUCCCUUCCCACCCCACCCCUUCUGUGUAACUUUGUUCCCAAAGAUCUGCUUCAAGGUCUACUCCCCUUGAGCCCCCUUCUUAAUUUUUGCAGCUUUUUUCUUUUUUUUCCAUAAAGGUAUUUUAUUAUUUUCCAGUUACAUGUAGAUAUAGUUUGUAACAUUUGUUUUUAUAAGAUUUAUAAGAUUUCUAGUUUCAACUUUU